AAAUACGACUUGCCCUUCACUUGCGCUCACUUCCGCCAUUUUUAGCGAGAACUCCAGCGCACGUUUCCAGCUGGAAUUCUAAAGUUCCAUUUACGCUAGUAUGUCAAGUAAGUUUAAAGUACAUGUGGCAGAUUGUAGUGGUGCCGUAGUGAUAGGAGAUCAUGCCAACUUAACCGUUGAGGCUCCAGUCGCAGGAGCCAGACCACCACACAGGCCUGUCCGGGAACAAGCAGCUGCAGCAACGACAACAAGCACUCAUGUCCCAUGUCAAGAGUCUUCUGGGGAUGAUAUUAAUUACAAGGCAAAGUCUGGUUAUUGUCUGGUGAUAAACAACUAUAUCUUCCCCCGGAGGGAUGAUGUUGAGCGUACUGGCUCCAGUGAUGACGUAAGGAAUCUGACAAGUCUCUUUAAUGACUUCAAUUUCCGACAUGUGGUAGAAGACAACCAAACUGGAAGUCAAAUGAUAAAGUUACUGCAAACCACUGCAGAGAAAGACUUUUCCAGAUAUGACUGCUUUGUGUGUGUGAUCCUUAGCCAUGGAAAAAAGGAUGGGAUCUAUGGUACAGAUGAAGAACUGAUCAAAAUUGAGGCAAUCACAUCUCUCUUCCGACGCAAUGAGUGCCCGUCACUGGAAGGAAAACCAAAAAUAUUUCUCUUCCAAGCUUGUCGUGGUUCUCGACGAGAUACAGUACCUGUUGAGAGUGACAGCGACCCCAUUCCACUUUCAAGUUCAUCAUUACCAGCAGAUGCUGACUUUCUCAUCUGUUUUGCUUCAGCUCCAGACCAUGAAAGCUACCGACAGGCUCACCUUGGUUCAUGGUUCAUCUCGUCUGUUGUUGACGUGUUCAAGGAAUAUGCAGAAAGAGAGCAUCUCAUGGAUAUGAUGUUGAGAGUUAACAACCGUGUUGCUGGAUUUUACAGCAAGGAGGGUCUCAAGCAAAUACCAUGCCAGGUCUGCAUGCUACGAAAGAGAGUGUUUUUUGAUCCAAAGUAUAGCUGAACAUGAAUUUUACCCUGACAAGGAAUUUAUCCUUCAAUGUCUUUUACAAGGCAUUUUCAUGUAGUAUUUUAAAUUAAGAUUGUCUGACUGUGGCAAUGGAUUGAACCCCAGUAGAUGUUACCUCUGGUAUAUUAUCUGUAGACAUUUAAAGUGCAUAUGACAUGAAAAAUAAUUUCUGCUUAUUUGAAAGGCCUUUCAAAAUACAAAAGA